CGCAUAUAAUGGACGAAAAGAAGAACCAUCACGGCUUUCAAAGUCAACAUGGGAUUCAGUCCCCUACAAACCCCUCCGUACUUCCUCCCCCUCAAGGUCAAGGUGUCCAACCGUUACUUGCCAAUGUAGAUAAUAUGGGAAGGAACACCAGUCGACCUUUGACAAACUCCAAGC